UUCUUCCAUUCGUUCCUACUCAUCCCUCAUCGAUACAAGCCACUGAGCCAUCAUGAUCUCUGCAAGUCACUCCAUGGGAAGCGUGCUACGCUCAGUGUCAUCCUCGUCGACUCGAAGACUCUUCACUACCUCGGCGGCACCUCGUCGCAGCUUCAGCCUCGUCUUCAAUGCUCCCUCCACCUUCACCUCGAGGUCGCUCGCUCCCUCGGGGUCUGUCUCGACGAUGACAAAUCAAUCGCUACGAAGCACACCGCGCCUCUUUCAUUCCUCUGCGUCGGCACAUCAAGAAGGGGAGGCUUCUGCUUCGCAACAGGAGAUGUCAUCCGGCGAGGCAGACAUUCAUGCUCUACUCUCGAAGCGCUUCAACCCCUCUCAUCUCCAGGUGCAGGACGUUUCUGGUGGCUGUGGAUCCUUCUAUGCAAUUGUUGUCGCUUCCAAGGAGUUCCAAGGACUGAACACCGUCAAGCAGCAUAGGAUGGUGAAUGAGUGUUUGAAGGACAUCAUCGGGGGUAUUCACGGGCUGCAGCUCAAGACUGUUGCUUCGGAUUGAGUCAGAAGCACUGAUAGUUCGGGAAGUCGUCACUGGAGCAAUUACAUAUAUCCAUUCCACAAACAGAAUAAAGUGAAAGUGACCGAACGAAUUGAGCACAGGAUGAAAACAAUGCCGUGAGGGACCCCCAUGCCAUGCUCCCGUUGUAUCCGGCUUCCUCUCCCUUCUCUCACUACAGCCGCGGCAUGAACUGCAGCGAGUUACCUCCGUCAAUCACGGUAGCCGUCCCAGUGACGUGUGAGCCAGCUCGGGACGAUAGGAAGACGGCAAGACCGCCGAUGUCCUCCGGUGUUCCGAUUCGGCCUGUCACAGGAUUGAAUUCACAGACGUUGAGCGUCGAUGUCGUAUUCUCGUUCGAUCUCACUCCGCCUUAUACUCACCAGUGGGCUGGAUGCUCUCCAAUGCCUCCUUGUUCUCGCUGAGGGCAAAGGCGGUCAUGCGGCUCGGAAAGACGCCUGGGCAGAUGGCAUUAACUAGGAUGAAG